AGGUACAUGUGCCUGUACUGUAAUUUCUUUGUAAAAUUAUAACUUACUCAAUGAACAUCUUAUUUGCAUGUCCUGUGUUACAGGGUUACUAUCCAAGCAAAAAGUUCCUCCCCAAGUCUUCUCACUUGUUUCCCUUCUGCUGUUCUUCAAAGCGUCCCAAAUUCUCUUAUAUUUUUAUCAUAUCAUUUGCUCGCUCUAAUCCCAGAAUUCAUCCGAUCAAAGCUGGGAUACAAGGGUUUUAUUAAAUAUGCAUACUUUCUUCCACUGAAACAUCCACUCUCUGCCCCCUCAAGUAGCUAAACUCUUUCUAAAUAAUGUUGUAAAACAAUCCUCUCUGACAGAGACAAUAUCUUUACCAGUGCUUUGUGGACUGUAUUGUUCAACCUCCUUGGCACUAAACUGCAGCUCAGUGUACUGCUUAUCGUUCCCAAACCAAUAACCCAAUAGCCAGACUGAGUGUAUCAAUCAUUUAUUCUUGUGCCGACGGUGUUUUUGCACACAAAAUUUCAUUAUACAUGGCACUUCGGUGUUCUCUGUCAAGGUAUUAUAUUUGGUUUUGAACUGCCACAAGGGUAUGUUCCUCUUUUCUCUGAAAGCACACAUAGGUGACUUCUGAUACGCUACAGGAACGAAAACUGUUUCCAGAUUUGCUGUUAAGGGCUCAAAACAAGAUGAAACUAUGUGCUAUUUAGAACAUGUCUGGUUUUCACUUCCUAGUUGGAGAAAAGAUUUAGCUCAAGCUUCAGUCUUAUGCUCGACCCUUGGUUGGCCACCAUCCAUUCCCCAAUUUGGUUAGUCACCAUCUUAAAAUGUAUUGGACCGUCUACUUACAAAUGUGGCCUCAGCCUUGUCGCACUAACAUACAUGGAACAACAGCCUGUUAUGCUUGGCGGGCUGGCCUGCUGGCCUGACAAGGCUGUUACCUAGCUUCUGAUACCCAUCAUCAUCCUUUCUGUUCCUCCUUUCCCGAGCUGAGCUUGAGCCCAUGUGCAGUUCUAGUGUUUGUUUAGCCAAUGUGUAAAUGCUACAGAAAUGCCAAUUACAUAGUUUUUGAGGUAUUUGGCCAAUUAAAUGGGAUGCGUUAUACUCGGCCUUGGUAAGCCUCAGCUUUUAUUCUCAGCCUUAGCGGGACUGCGUGUAUUUACUUCUAGGUGGUGAGUUGGUGACCAGCAUGUGUAGGCACCGAACUAGCAUUGUUGAGAUCAAGCUCAGCCACAUAGGCGAGAAAAAAGCAGUAUGUGGCUACGAAGAAUUGCACGCACAUGGCCUAUCCUGUUUGUAAGCCCUUUAGGGCAUGAUUGGUUGCCUGUGUUAACCCAAGACUGUAUUGGGUCUAAGCCAAGUUAGCCCAGCCCAGUAUAAAUGUAUGCAAUUAUUUGGGGUUUGAUUGCCCGAGUUGCAUUUGGUAAGAUUAUGUUAGAUUGGCUGACUUGUAUUGCAUGAGGUCAUCUCCUUGUUCUUGUGGUGAAAUUAAAAUAUAUUCACUUCCACCUUCCCACCUCCAUCUUAGCUUGCACCACCUCGUCUUCGUUGUCGCUUCCUCGAUGCCCAUCCAUCUGUGCUGCCAUCCUACCCGUACCUCGCUACACACUGGUGCUGUUAGUGUGGCCACAUCACUCACGACAGAGGCCCCCGCAUGCUAUGUUGGGAUGUAUUAGGAUCCUACUACUACUGCUCGGGGGCAACAACAGCGAGAUCCCUAUGAUCCGCCUCUACAUUUACAAUAUUGAUGAGGUUGACCUGGACCUCAGGUCCUCAACCGUGUCAAGGGCCAUGGGGGCUCGCUACCUGUGGUUGCCAGAUCUGUGGGGGCCACAAUGUGUUGGAAAGUGUCAAGGUGGCGUGGUGGGUGCCAGGAGGGGUGGCGAAGGGAGGGGGUACUUGGGAACACGGUGGAGGUCAGCCAUGGUAAGGGGCCUGGGAGUUUGGGACGAUGUAAGCAGUGGAAAUGGAGACAUAAGGUUGCUUCAACCUUCUGGACCCAUGGUUUGUGCAAGAUUACACAAGCUAGCACAAUCAAUUUUGGCAUGGUCCAUUAUGCAGGUUUGGAGCCUGCUUCUGCACUCCCGUUCGGUUUCCAGGGAACGUUACCUGGAACUGAUUCCUAGCCAGAUUGCUUGCCAAAUUUAUUUUAUAUAGCCUUUGACCAGCUGGAAUGAUUCCUGGGUGGAUUCCGGGCUAACCGAACGGGCCCAGCCUGCUUAAGGCCCAAUUUGAGUAACCAAAUAUUACGUGCUUGCCACUGGAUAGGCCCUAAUGAAAGCAACCAAUUACAACCUUAGGGUUCCUCUCUUCCAUUUUCCACCCACAACCACUCCUCAUCGUCCAGCCGCCGCCACCGCCACCGGUUUGUUCUCCAUUGCAUGCCAGCCCAGCUGCUCAUGUGCGACCUGGAUCCUCACUCCUCAGUGAGCCUGCAGGUCUAGCUCUCCUCCACCACUUUUUUCUUCGGCUCUUCACCAUUCCUCCAGCUCUCACCUCCAAUCAGCCCAGAUCUGAGACUCGAGCUCCAGGAAACAUGAGGCAAUCAAGCUGCCUUAGAACUGCUUAUGAAUCCUGUAACAAUGUAAGACUCGGUUAUACCAAUUAUCAAUCAAGAAUUCUUCCACAGGAUUUGAUAAAUGAGCUGCCAGAAGCUUGCAUAGCUGAAAUAUUCAGGCAUGUGGAAAACCCAGAAGAUCGGCAGUCAUGUGCCUCUGUCUGUUGGAGAUGGGCCAACAUAUUGGUCUCUCAGCGGCCAAACUUUUGGGGCCCCUUCAGCGUUCAUCAAGCCGUUCACCCUUGCCUGCAUAUGUCUAAUGUUGAUGACGUCAAGCUUGCAGCGGCUGUUGUUGACAUAGGCACAAGGGAUGUGGUGACUGAUCUUGAUCUUCGUUGUGUGCCAUGUGGGGCUGUUGUUGAUGGAGUUCCACGGCUCACUGAUAGUGCUAUCCGUUUUGUAACCAGUGCAUGCCGCAAUCUGAAGUCAGUUUGUCUUGUUGACUGUGUCUCUCUCACGGAUGAAGCUGCCAGGAUCAUUGCUUCAAACUGCCCUGCAUUAGAAAAUCUCGUUAUGUUACAGUCUUCAAUCAGUGAUGAUGGUCUUUCUCAGGUUGCUAAGCAAUGCAGAAACCUGAAGUUCCUCCAUAUUGAAGGGUGCUUGUCCAUAACUGAGGCGUCUCUAAGAGCCCUUGUGCAGUAUGCCAAGAGACUUGAGUCUCUUACCCUGGGAAGCUGCCCUCAGAUUGGGCAAGAUGCCAUCUUGUUCUUACUGAUGAACCAACCUUAUCUGGACAAGCUUGAGCUCAAGGGUAUGAUGGCUGGAGAAUCACAUAUGAAUUUUGCUAGACAAUCAUCAGCCCUCCAUCAUUUAUGCUUAUUUCGUCAGCUCUCUAGCCUCAUCCUGGUGAAAUGCCCAGGUUUACGGAACCUGGGCAUGCUUAACUUUGCUAGAAUUCACUUUCGAUUGCUACGACAUUUGGUAAUUGAUGACUGCAGGGGAGUAACAGAACUUGGCUUGAUGUGGCUGUUAGGCAAUGCCAUGAAUCCCACUAAGCUUAAGACCAUUAAACUUGUCAAGUUCUAUUUUUUUACAUAUGAAGCUGCAAUAGAAGUUAUGUCCUUGAUCAGCAGAACAAUUGAAUCGAUAAUUAUGGAUUCAUGUGAUUUUGGCACGAUGAUGCCACACUAUCUUAAUGAAGCUGUGGCCUGUAAGUGUCCCAAGCUGAAGGUGAUCAGUAUGGAGCACUGUGAGAGAACUAUGGAGCUCUUCUUGUUAUGGGUCAACAAGGUGUGUCGUGGGCUUAAGGAACUUAGGCUCGUUGGCUUUCCAGCACAUGGACAGUCUUAUGAGAUGCAACACAUUUUACACGGCAUCCUGCACAGGAAUGGGGUCACAAAGGUUGAACUGCAAUCCUACCAUUUAACAGACAGGCAUGUUUGCAUUGUAGCUCAAUCAUGCCAGGGAGCUCUGCAGGAACUUAUAUUGGGUGAAUGCCCGAACAUCAAGGGCAACUUUGUUGUGUAUCUCAGAGAGUCUUGCCCCAAUCUAAUCAAGUUGACCCUGAAUCAUAUUCAAAUCAGUGAUGUCCAAAUCAGGAUUCUUAUGCUUGUAGGAUUUCACCAUCUUGAGGAGUUUAGUUUAAUGGAGUGCCCCUGGAUCACUGACAGGUUACUGGAUAUCUUACAUGCAUCAACCUUGCCCAACCUGAAGAGAAUCAAUUUGUCAGGUUGCCCUAAUGUCACCCAGCAGGCUGUUGACUAUUACCAGCGUCGCUGGGAAAUCGAAUACUAAGGGAGCUGAACCUACAGAAGAAAAAUAAACUUGGCUGCGUGCUUCUACUUGCAGCUAAUAUCUGGUAGAGUCAUCGUAAACUUAGAUUUCACCUUUGAACUUGUGUCGGCUGUUUUGUGGAACCAAAGUAUGUGGUAUCGUACUUGACAAUGUCGGUCCUGUUGCUACUUAUGUUCACAGCUCCUCUGAGAUGCUGUGCUGCUUUUGUCUCCGAUUUAUAUUUCUGGUAGGGUCAUCGUAAACUUAGAUUUCACCUUUGAACUUGUGUCGUCUUGACAAUGUUGGGGUCCUGUUGCUGCCUAUGUUCACAGCUCCUCUGAGAUAAUGUGCUGCUUUUGUUUUCCGGUUUAUAUUUCUGGACUGGUGCGGUGCUGGACUGCUAGUUCUGUUUUGUCCAAUAAAGAUGUAAAAGUCGGCCAGAUGAAAUUUAUAAACCUGUGACUGCUCACUA